GUUCCAACGGGAAUUUCUUUGACCCAGGGCAGGUUCCACAAUUGGACUAAGUUCUACAAUGAAGUUAUGGGACACCCUUACCACCUGUUUCGUGCUGCUGAGCAGCGUACAUACGAGCCCUCUCCGGAACCGACAGUCCACAAAAAGAACACGCGCUUCAGAGAGUCUCCAUGACUUCCCGCCAAUGCAUCUCAGUAUAUUUUCAACCAAAAGUCCAGAAACAGCCGACAGGGAAGAGCUAUCUGUAGAAACACAAUAUAACAUGGAUGAGCUUCAGCCAGAGCAGUUUGAGGAUGUGGUGGAUUUCAUCAAAGUCACCAUCAGUAGACUGAAGAGCUCGUUACACCUGGACACGGGCUCAAGGAUACGAAUGAAACGAGAGAGAAGGAAAGGAGGGAAGGGAGCAACCAGAGGAAAGGACCAGAGGGAGAGGUCUGGGAGCGGACGAGGGAAAGGGGGCAGAGGACAAGGCUGUCUGCUCAAACAGAUCCACCUGAAUGUGACGGACCUGGGUUUAGGUUAUCAAACCAGCGAGGAAAUGAUCUUCCGGUACUGCAGCGGGCCUUGCAGGAUCUCGGAAACCAACUACGAUAAAAUCGUCAACAACCUCACCCAAAACAAGAGGCUCCUGCCGGAAACGCCGCCUCACGCUUGCUGUCGACCAGUCGCCUUUGACGAUGACCUGUCCUUCCUGGAUGACCACUUGAUGUACCAUACAAUGAAGAAGCAUUCUGCCCGGAGGUGUGGCUGUGUCUGACCUCUGACCUGUGUCACUAAGAAGAGGGUCAAUAGUAGUGAGAGGACAUGGCUUGAAUCAAAAACUAAGAUACAUUUUGUAGACGCCAUCCUAGACCCAUUGAAGGUACAUGAAAUGAAAGGGCCUACCAAUGCUUUGUGUUGUUGAUAGGAUGAUUUAGGAGGCAUGCCAUACCUCUCCAUUGAUAAUUGUAUCCCACCACUAACUGAUGACGUCAAAAUCAUACUGACUCUAUGGAUGGUUUUAGAUGCUGACAAUGGACUUAACAUG